AUGACCACUGCGCUCGAAACUGGUCCAGUGUCACAAGUGGACUCCUCAGCCAUUCCUGUGGCAAAUGGAAUUGCAAAAGAAGCAAAUGAGGAAACACAAAAUGAAGUAAAAGUUGGCCUUGUAAAUGCUGAGCUGGCGAAGAAGGAACAAGUUUUGAAGAAGGAAAAU